AUGGCCAACAUGGAAACCAUCUAUCGCGCUUGGAUCUCGUCCAUCAAUGACCGGCGAUGGGACGACGUGGUGCAGUAUAUGCAGCCAACAUACGCGCAUGGAUCCACCGACAUGAUAUCGCUGAAUCACCAACAAUUCACCGCCUACCACAAGCACGUCCUGGAAGUUUUCGGGCCAGACUGCUCUUUCACAGCCGACGCAGUGGUCGCCGAUGCAGAAGCUGGCUGCAUAGCGGCAAGGUGCCUCGCCGAGGUUACGCUAGUCCAGCCCUUCCUUGGGUUACAGCCAAACGGAAAGAGAGUUCGCUUCUUCGAGACCCAAUUCGUCUGGUUCGAGGACCAAAGGGUCCGAGAACUCCGUAGGGUGCCUGACCUGGAUGACUUCCGUCGCCAGAUGUCUUCAAGGGCCGAAGAGACGACACCGGACCUCAUGGGACUUCCUCUGGAGCUGCCAACUUCCCGGCAUCUCGACAAUGCCGGAUUGAAGUCGUUCUACAGGUCUUACAUCAAGGCCAUCAACGAGGACCUCUCUGAAUCAAGCCUCUCGGAGUUCUGCAAUCCAAGUGUGGUCCACAAUGCGAAGACAUUAUCACUUUCGCAGUAUGUGUCGCUCAUUGACGACAGCAGCUCAGCGGUCCGGGAGAUGACAGCACACAUUCACACCAUCGUUGCGGACGAAAAGUCGCAACGCAUUGCCGCGCGGAUCGAGUGGUCCGGCGAACCCAUCAAGACAUUGGCAGGCAUUGAUCCCAACGGUCGGUCCGUGAGGUUUCCCGAGCAUGUCAUCUACCAGCUUGAGGCUGGAAAGAUUGCAAGGGUAUGGGCAAUUGUUGAUUGGGAUUCGUUUCGUGCUCAAAUGACUGCAUAG